UCAAGACCUCAAGUACCACGUGUAAUUUAUAGGCACAGCAGUACAGCACAAGCAUAAGAGAUGGAUGUACAAAAGCUUGGUCUGAAAUCUAAUAAAUGUGAACCUGGACAUUUCAAAAACAGUUCUCACAAGGAUAGAAUGUUUGAAGUACUUCAGUCUUCACGUAACCAGGGUGACAAUUUUUGUGAUAUUAAGCUACAAACAGAUGACGGUACUAUAGUAUUUGGACAUAAAAAUAUAUUGGCAUCAGCUACCCCUUACUUCAAGGCUAUGUUUUCUAGUUUUGCCGAAAGCAAUAAAGAUCUUGUUAAUAUAGGUGAGGUAGAUUCAACCAUUUUACAACUAUUGAUAGACUACAUUUAUACAGGAGAAAUCAUGAUCACUCAACAAAAUGUACAGAUUGUGUUACCAACUGCAGAUCUCUUUCAGCUUGAAUAUGUAAAACAAGUAUGCAUUGAUUUUUUACAAAAACAACUAGAUCCUUCAAAUUGUCUUAGCAUUAAAAUAUUUGCUGACUUAUAUAACUGCAUAGAAUUGUUGUCAAGUUGUGAAACAUAUAUUAAAAAACAGUUUUUAAAAGUGGUUGAACAUGAUGAGUUUCUAUCUUUAUCAUCUGAAGAAGUGAUUAAGUUAAUCUCUUUUAACGAUAUUAAUGUUCCAUUUGAGGAAAAAGUAUUUGAAUGCGUCAUUAAGUGGGUAAAACAUGAAUUGUAUCAUAGAAAAAAAUUUUUACCCAAUCUAAUGGAACAUGUGCGUUUGCCAUUAAUUUCCAAAGAGUAUUUCUCAGAGAAAGUAGUUGUUGAACCUCUGCUUAAUAAUAAUCGUAAAGCUUAUGUAUUUGAAGCAUUUCGUAUUUCUUUAAUUAAGUCAACAAAUCCUUCCUCUAUUCCACAAACAAUUUGGAGUAAACCUAGGUUACAACAACAAGCUAUUCUAGUGUUUGGUUGGUCUCCAUCAGCAGAAACGAGUAUUACAUAUUGGUAUGAGCCAGGAACCAACCUAAUGUGUUUUGCACCGAAAAUGAUUGAAUCCCGUAAUGAUGCUGGGUUGUGCGUUGUAAAAGAUCAUUUUGUAUUUGCUAUUGGUGGAGUUAACUUAUAUGGGUAUACAGGCAACUCUGAAAAUUCUGUUGAAAUGCUUGAUGUAUCUUCAUCAUCAUUAUGUUGGGUUUCCAAGGCUAAUAUGUUGGUUAAUCGAAAUUGCUUUGGAAUUGGAGUAUUAGAUAAUUGUAUAUAUGCUAUUGGUGGACUAGAUAGAGGAUAUCCUAUAAAUAGUGUAGAGGUUUUUAACCUCAGUACUGAACAAUGGAAAAUGGUAUCUAGUAUGCCUAAUGAGAGAUAUCUUUUUGGUGUUGGAGUACUCAAUGACCUGAUAUAUGCAGUAGGAGGUUAUAAUGGUUCGUCAAUUUUGAAAUCUGUCGAAUGUUAUGAUCCCAGUCUUGACAAAUGGAACCCAGUUGCUGAAAUGUCAAUUAGUCGAUAUAAUGUUAGUGUAGAAGUUUUGGACGGAGUAAUGUAUGCUAUUGGUGGAUAUAAUGGAUUAAAUUAUGUUAAAAGUGUUGAAGCCUAUAGUCCAAGUGCUGGAGUUUGGUCGUCUAUUGCCGAUAUGCAUUUGUGUCGAGAAAAUCCUGGAGUAGUGGCAUUUGGUGGUUUUUUGUGUGUUAUUGGUGGAAAGAAUGGAUUUACUAGUUUGAAUUCUGUUGAAAUCUAUAAUUCCACAAGCAAUUCCUGGUCAAUGAAAACAAUACCAAUAAGUCAUCAAAUUUAUGGAGCUGUGGUAGUUGAUAAGCCACCACAUUUACAAACUAAUUAGUAGAAACAAUAUCUUUAUUGUUGUUCUAAG